AUGGAUCAGCCCAGUUGUCUUCUUCAUCCUUCAACUUUUUGGCCAAUAGAUUGGCUCUGUCGUCAACUAAUCCAUUCAUACAAUUCUCUUUUUUUCUACUUUUCUUUUUUCUACUUUUCUUUCUUUUCUUUUUUUUCUACUUUUCUUUCUUUUCUUUUUUCUACUUUUCUUUCUUUUUUUUUUUCUACUUUUCUUUCUUUUCUUUUUUCUACUUUUCUUUCUUUUCUUUUUUCUACUUUUCUUUCUUUUUUCUACUUUUCUUUCUUUUUUUCUACUUUUCUUUUUCUUUUUUUCUACUUUUCUUUCUUUUUCUUUUCUUUUCAUUUUUCUUUCGUCCUUUUUCUUCCCUUUUUUCUUCCUUUCUUUCUUUUCCUUUUUUUUUCUUCUUUUUCCUUCCUUUUUUUGUUUUUUAUGACAGAAGAAGAGCGAGAAUGGUUUGCUGAAGCGUUUGAGACAAGAGAUUCCAUUGAACUUUCUCCAGAACGGCAAACUGCUUUGGCCAAGUUGAUGCUCAAAUGUCAAGCUUUUGACCAUUUCCUGGCAUCAAAGUUCACCACUGUCAAGCGUUAUGGAGGGGAAGGCUGUGAAAGCAUGAUGGCGGCAUUUGAUGAGAUUUUCUCUCAAUCUGCUCAGUGUGGAAUUUCUGAUAUUGUGAUGUGUAUGCCUCACAGGGGUCGACUCAAUUUUCUCACUACGAUGCUUGACUUUCCACCUGUGCGCAUGUUUCAGAAGAUGAAAGGUUUGACAGAAUUGCCACCCAAUGCCAAAGGAAGUGGAGAUGUUCUUUCUCAUUUAUAUACAUCCAAAGAUUUAAAAUAUGACAACAAAACUCUUCAUCUUUCUCUUAUUCCUAACCCAUCUCAUUUGGAGGCUAACAAUCCAGUGGCAGUUGGCAAGGUUCGAGCGAAAAUGCAGUCUCUCAAACAAGGAGAUUAUAGUGAGGACACUGAUGCCAGUAAAGGAAAUGAAAUUCUUUGCUUUCAAGUGCAUGGAGAUGCCUCUUUUUCAGCUCAGGGUAUUAUCGGAGAAACCUUUAGCUUUGCAGAAUGUCCUCAUUUCACUGUUGGAGGCAAUAUACAUUUAGUUGUGAACAACCAAAUUGGAUUUACAACUGAAUCUUCACGAGGCAGGUCUUCUUUUUACUGCACUGAUCAAGCCAAAAUUAAUGGCUACCCUGUACUCCAUGUCAAUGCUGAUGAUAUUAAGGCAGUUGUUCAGGCAUCUCACAUUGCAGUGAGCUAUAGACAAAAAUUUGGGAGAGACGUCCUUAUUGAUCUUAUCUGUUUCCGACGAUGGGGCCAUAAUGAACUUGAUGAUCCCAUGUUUACGCAACCUAUCAUGUACAAGGCUGUGGAAAACAGACACAGUAUUCCAGAUAUUUUUGCUAAAGAAGUUGUGGAAAAAAACUUUUCUACUCAAGAGGAUCUGGACAAUUCCCUAAAAGAAUGGCGAAGUUUUCUCGAUAAAAACUUUAGUCAGAUGGACAGCUAUGUACCUGAGCAAUUCCAUCUUCUGAAGCAAUGGAAUGGGUAUUUUCAAGCCACUAAUGCAAUCACUCAUUGGGAUACAGGAGUGAAUACCGAUUUACUUAAAUUCAUUGGUGUGAAAUCAGUUGAAAUUCCUGAAAACAUUAAUAUCCAUCCAACUAUUCAAAAAACACAUAUUGAUAGAAGAAAACAGAAAAUGAUUGAUGGAACGGAUCUUGACUGGGGAACAUCUGAAUCCCUUGCUAUUGGAUCUCUUCUUUACCAAGGUUUCAAUGUGCGUAUCAGUGGGCAGGAUGUUGGUCGUGGCACUUUCAGUCACAGACAUGCAAUGAUUGUAGAUCAAACUACGGAUGAUAUAAUAAUCCCUUUAAAUCAUAUGGUCCCGUCACAAACUGGAAAAUUUGAGGUGGCUAACAGUGUUUUGUCUGAGGAAGCUGUUCUUGGCUUUGAAUAUGGCAUGAGUUUAGAGAACCCCAAAAACCUGGUUAUUUGGGAAGCCCAGUUUGGAGAUUUCUUUAAUGGUGCUCAGCCAAUCAUUGACACAUAUGUGACCAGUGGAGAAACAAAAUGGCUGCUUCAGAGUGGAAUUGUGAUGUUAUUGCCACAUGGUUUUGAUGGCGCUGGGCCUGAGCAUUCUUCUUGCAGGAUGGAAAGAUUUUUGCAACUUUGUGACAGCCGUGAAGAUGGAGUGGACGGGGAUGAUGUCAAUAUGGAAAUUGUCAAUCCAACCACAGCAGCUCAGUAUUUUCACCUACUACGACGACAGAUGGUCCGCAAUUAUCGUAAACCCUUGAUUGUAGUGGCCCCAAAAGUUCUGCUGCGUCUUUCGGCUGCUGCAGCCAAACUUUCAGAUAUGGCACCUGGUACUACUUUCCAGCCUGUCUUUGGAGAUGGAACACUGAAACCUGAAGCAGUAACUCGGAUUGUUUUCUGUUCUGGAAAACAUUAUUAUGCUCUCCUGAAACAAAGGGAGGUAACCAACAGUCAGACCACUGCCAUCAUUCGAUUGGAGAGUCUUUGUCCUUUCCCGGUGGAAGCUUUAAAGAAAGAAAUAGAGAAAUACAAAAAUGCAACUAAAUUUAUUUGGAGUCAAGAAGAACACAGAAACAUGGGUGCUUGGACUUUUGUAGCCCCGAGAUUUUCCAAUCUUCUUGCUUGUAAGCUGCAAUAUGCUGGCAGGGGUCAUUUAGCAACUGCAGCUGUGGGCAUUGCACAAGUGCAUCAGAAAGAGAUCCAACAAUUACUGGAUGCAACUUUCCAAUGA